AUGGCAGAAAAUCCAAAAACUUCAACAUUUGAAGAGGAGGCAGACAAUGAUGACAGCAGCCUCUCCUCAUCAGAUGAUUUGAAAUGUGUAAAGUUAUCUUUACCUAAAAAUAUAGCUGCAUAUGUCGAUAAAAGAGAGUUGCAAAGAGAUGUUAAUCCUAUAACAUGCGACAACGACUUGGUAGAGAAAGUUAUGAACAAUUAUGUUAUAGUUAAACGAAUAUUAAGAGUUUUGUCGUGGCAGGAAAAAAUGAUAUGCAAGCAUGUAUGUUCGUUGUGGCAUUCUGCUGUAUUAGCACUACUGAGAGAGCAACAGGGGCCUGCUGAUUGCGUCAUAGCACUACAACAUGCCUCAUCAAAAAGUAUCAUGAAGUUCAAGCAAUCUGGAAUUUUAUACAAUGAGCCGUUAGCAGUUUUAACCUUUGCAAAUGAAAUGGGCUUUAAUAUGUCACACAAAUGUAGGUCAAUUUCACCAUAUCCAUGCAGCCCACCAUGCUCUUAUGAACACACUAUGGUGGAUGUAUUGCAAAACAAUGUGAGUGCACCCAAAAACUGUAUGCUGGCUGUGAGGAGUAACUGUAUCUCAUUCAUGUCACUUCCGUCAUCGCCAACUUAUGAGUUUAAGAUUACACAGAAAAUGUUCUUGCGUCCAAAUCCAUUCAUUAGUUGUCUUUAUAUACCUAUGAUGCCAGAUGUUGAAUUUAAAGUCAUUAGUAUCAGAAAUGUGGAAGAAAUGCAAAAGAAAUUCUAUGAUGUUAUUGAUGAACUGGAAAAAAAAUACAUAUUUAAAACUGUUUUGGCUUACGUCACUGAGGCUUUCCUGUUCCAUUCAGUGGAAGAGGUUGUCUUCUUGAAUUAUUUGAAAAAAGUACAACCUGAUAUCCCGUAUGCACUUGGUGGUUGUAUUGUCGAAGAUGUAAUAUAUGAUACAAAAAGCAUAGCUGACAUUGUGAAGAGUAAUAAUGAGAAUGUUGAAUUUGUAAGUGGAAGCUUAGUAAAUGUUGGAUUAUUCCUUGUUCCCAAAGAUUCAAACAGAAGUAAUUUUGAUUCAUUUUCACUUAUUUUGAACUCCUCUGAAUGGGCUAAAGCAAGGAUACAAAAAUCUAUAAAUGAGGUAUGUAUUCAAUGUCUAAUUAUAGUAAAAGAUACAGAAGAGCUGUACAAAUGUUCAUUGUGUAAUGAUGAUUUAAUAAAUUUACAGUUUGCAAAUAUGGUACCACAAUUUGAGCAUAGCAUUGCACUAAAAUUGUCCUGUGUUGGUCGUGAUCAAAAGCAUGAAAUUGAACUCAAAUAUUUCCGAGCCGCAUUUCCUCAUACACGGAUAAUUGGUUGUUAUGGCAAUGGAGAAUUGGGCCUAAAUCAUCCUGAGAGAUCAAAUACUGAUACUGGUGCCAAGCGAUACCGAUAUGAUCCAGGAGAACAAUUUGGAAUCAUGUACUCUUACUCUACAGUUUUUGUGUACAUUGGAUGGGGAAAACUACUAUCAACAUCGGACACUUAAAAGAAAAAUUUGAAAACACAUAAUAUUACAUAUUUUUGCUUAAUUUUCAGGAUACAGAUAAAAUUUUUGUGGCAUAGAUAGUAAAAACCAUGCCUAAUUAAAAUCAUUUAAAUUAGUCUGCAUACUAAAGACUACUUCUAAUAGUGUUUUGCAUAGUGUUUAAAAUUAAGCAUUUAAAAAUGUUUAAGUGUUGAAAAAAAUAAGAAUAAUCAGGAAUUUAAAAAAAUGCUUCUUGUUUUUGCUUCCAAAUGAUGAUGGAUUCAAUUAGUGGUGAUAUUCAAUCAAUGGAAAAUUAUGGCUGAACAAAUUAACAAACAAAAAAAUAAUUAUGAAAUACAUAAUUACGUCACUUAGUUUAUGGGAAUACAUAAAUGAUAACAAUUAUGUUGUUAUUACUAUGUCAGAACAGUAAAAUUUCAAUAAUGUGUUGAAAGAAAAUUCAAUAUUAGUUGGUUCUGUCAUAAUUUUUAAUAAUAGGUAAUUUGGUGACUAUACAUAUUAUAUUUUAUCAGUGUCUAUGUGGAAUUACACACAUACAUGUUAUACUAUUUUAUAUAAUAGUAAGCUUAUAAGAAAUCUCAAUUUGAUUAAAUGAAUAAUAAUAUUAUUAUAUGAUAAUUUUAAGAUGUAUUGGAAACGAAAAUGUUUUACCAUAAUUUAAUAAACAUCUAAGUGUAGAA